GGCGGGCAGGUAACGCGGAUAGCGACAAAGACCCAUUCACAAACAAAAAUGACGAAACGUACUCGCAAGGUCGGUGUUACUGGAAAGUACGGCACGCGUUACGGUGCCUCUCUGCGAAAGCAGGUUAAAAAGAUGGAGAUCACGCAGCAUGCACGAUACACAUGCACGUUCUGUGGCAAGGACUCUGUGAAGCGUACUGCUGUAGGAAUCUGGGAGUGCCGUGCGUGCAGGAAAGUCAUUGCUGGUGGUGCUUGGACUGUAUCGACGACUGCAGCUGCAACUGUCAGAAGUACGAUCCGUCGUCUGCGCGAGAUUACAGAAGCUUAGAAGGUUAUGGGUUACCUCUCCUUUAUGUCCUGCAAGCUUUGUCACUUCCAUAAUUGUACAACUUAUGUUGCUCUAUGCCACGCCGCAUGCACACCAAAAUCAGAUACGCAAGCUUCUUCUGAG